AUGGACACAUCACAGUUUGGUGAAGACAACGCCGACAACACCAGCUCUGCAGCACCAGCGACAACAACGUCUCGCAAGCCCAUCCCUGCCGCUGCUGCUGCUACUCCUUCUCCUCAAACGCCACAUGUUGCCGUCGCCACUGCGCCUCAAGCAUCAAAUUCCCCUGCUGAGCCGGUGACUCGGGACGUACCAGCAGCGUCGGUGGUACUGGCGUCCAAGUCAACCUUCUUCCGCGCCCUCUUCACCAGCGGGUUCAGUGAGACACUCGAUCGACGGCUCGUGCACAUCCACCUUUCUGCCCAGGAGGAGCCGCUGAUGAUGGAGCUGCUGCAGUUCAUCUACCAGGGCCUGCUGCCCCCCGAUACAGUCACAUCCUUUGAGCGCACACUGCAGCUGCUCCUGCUGGCAGACCGCUUCGGAGUGGACGAGGGCAUUGCCACCUGCUCCUCGCUCCUCACCUCCCUCACCUCCCUCUCUCUUCCAAACCUCCACCCCCACCCUGCCCCCUCUGUGGUCGCCUCUCUCUCGACCUCCGCUUCUGCCUCUUCUGCUGCUCCAGCGUCCCUCCCUCCCAGCAGCACCACUUCCGCCACCACAGCAGCCCCUUCUCAGCCAACCAACUCUCCAAACCCAUCCAUCACCACCUCCAUCACCUCCUCUUCUUCUUCUUCUUCUUCUUCUUCCUCCUCCUCUUCCUCCGCCGCCCACACUCCCUCCUCCCUCACCACUCAGCAGGCGCUACUCGCACUCUCUCUCCCGCCAUCUCUCCGCCUCAACCCACUGCUCACGCCCCUCAUCCAUGCCUCCCAGGCCUGCGUCGUGCACCGUUACGGACCGCUCUUCAACUCCUUCCACCCCAGCACUCUUCUCUGCAACACCCUUCAACCCAACACUCUUUAUACCACCUCCCUUCACCACACCACCCUUCACUCCACCAACCCUCACUCGAGCCACCCCGCCUCUGCAAACGAGCUGCUCACUCUCCCUGAGGCUGGCAUAAGAGCCCUCCUAGAGUCCGACGACCUACCCGUGGAUUCAGAAGAAAAUCCCCUUCAGCCAGUGCCAGGGCUGGACCCCAUCCGUCUCCUUCCAGGCAACUUCCGGCCUGUUCUGCAUUGCCGGUCGCUGGUUCACACUCAACGCGAAGCUGGAGUGUCAGAAGGAACUCGGCCCAAGAUUCGGGUUGUUUCUGCGCUUAGAUAA